AGACGUAAACACCACCUUUAAAAAAUAAAUGGAAAAUUCAAAACUUUUUAAUGAAUUUGUAGGAACUAAACGUUAUCUGAUUUGGUAAUCGUUAUAACUUUGUAAUUUAGUUAAUUUACGCCGUUUUCGUAUAUAUACGAUAUGACUUUGUACAUUGAUACAAAGUUAAAAUUUGCUGAUGGAAACGUUGUUUCAACAAUUGGUUCAUGGCACCCUUCACUUCCACUAUUAGCAGUUGGUUCAUAUAAUCAAGAAAAAGGUGGAUUUGUGACUAUAUUUCACGAAAAUGGAAAUGCUUUAGAAGGUUGCGACUGGCCAACACUUUUAUCUAAUCAAGUAACAGCAUUAGCAUGGCAUCCGAUAAGGAAACUUUUAGUUGUUGGUUGGGAUGGGGGAGAACUAUACAUAUGGCUUGAAUAUUCUUGGGCGCGGCUAGAAGCGCCCCAUAAUACUGCUUUAACUACAGUCAAUUUUAGUCCCGGUGGCGGACGGUUGAUUGCAUCUGAUGCUGCAGGUUCCCUCUCUGGAUGGCAGUCUGGGUCUGGUGCACCAUUAACUGCAUUUCAUCACCAACUUGGAGAUGUCAUAACCCACAUCCGAUUUUGUUCUCCUCAUUCCAAUACAGAAUCAUCAAUUAGGGGUUUAGCUAGAGCAGCGGUUGCUGGUGAUGAGAAUGCAUUAGAUGCAUUGGCCGCUUGGAGACCACGGACAACAGCUAGGGUGAGGGAAGGAGUUCAGCCUGAUAAUCAUGCAUGUUAUGCUGCUCAAGACAAUGGUAUUAUAUUGUAUAUUGAUCAUGCAGGUGCUUGCUCGGAGGUUCUUAAUGCACCAGGUAAUGUUGUAUUCAUGGACAUUAUUGGUAGCAUGUAUCUUCUCAUUGCAUGGGAGUCAGCUGGAGCAUUAAGCUUAACAAGAUUUAUUACAUCAAAUGAUGGUUCCCUGACUACAGAUACUCAUGUUAGAAUGACAGCUAGAAAUGGUCAAUGUAUAGUCCUGGCAGGAAACUUUUGCGUUGCCGUUAUAACUGGGGAUAACUUGAUAAGAAUUUGGGACAGUGAAAAUGGAGAUAAUGAUGUACUGCCAAAUGAAAAUGAAGAAACAGUUCAAGGGGAUGUAUUCACAAGCAUAAGUUAUUGUAACUUGAGUGAUACAUUAUGUUGUGGAACCUCCCAAGGUUACUUGUACCUCUGGAGACGAGAUCCAAGAAACACUUGGAAGCUUAUAAGUAGCACAUCAGUGAAAGGAACGGUAAAGGAAGUAAGUUGGGGUUCAGAAGGUUUGAUGAAUCCAUUGUUGCAUGUUAAUUGUAUAACAAAUGCAUUCAUACUCCGUGAGCAACAUGUGUGUUGGGGAUUCUCACAUAACAUUCAGAUGGUGCAAAAAUCAGCCAAUGAAGUGGCUGUUAUAGAUAAACAAAAUGCUACAUCAACUAUUAAUUCAACAAUUACGAUCAAGGCACUUGCAUUUAAAGAAAAUUAUGUUGCACUAGGAGAUGGAAAUGAAGUUCAGAUAUGGAUGUCAAAUAAAGAAAAUGAGUUAAAAUUUUCCCUCUUACGUACAUUUUCAUGGAAAACAGAUGUCCUUAUAAUGUACAAUGAUAUACUUGUUGGUGUUGUCAAUCCACAUGUCGAAACUUACAACAUGACUGGCACUAAGUUAGGUGUCCUACCGAGCUCUGAAACUGAAGGUGAGCCCAUUGGAAUCACAAAUACAAACAAAUUUAUUGUUAUAUCUUCUAUGGAUGGUACUUUAAAACUCGCUGAAAUAACAAAGAAAGGACUUAAAACGCCUUAUCCUCCGAAAAAUUGUUAUCAAAUGAUGGAAGAUUUUGGUGAAAUCAUGAGAGCAUCUGUGAAUUCAUCAGGACAAUAUAUUUGUCUAAGUAUCGCAAACUCCGGUUUAGCACCUGAUCCUAGACUCUAUCUGUGGGAUGUAGCUAAUGACGUAAUUACAAAUACUUUAAUAUCAAAGAACUCAGUUCCCCCAUAUCAAUGCGUUCCCAUAACUAUAUUGUGGGAUAACAACGAUCCAAGACUUGUCGGAGUCCACAUGAGGUCUGCAGAUGUUGAUAGCAUUCACUUGUUCUUUUGUCAAGAAGGUCAACUUUACGAAUAUAAGAAUUGGUGUUCAUCAUCAGAAGAAUAUUAUUUAUCCGAUUUCGUACUUUGUUCUAUCUAUACGCCAUUUGUUGUUAUACUAACGCAACAAAACAUUAAGAAAAUACUUAUUCAAGGAUUCGAUGAGGAUGAUCAGGAUCAAAGUAAACAUCGAAAUGUUCUUAAUUUUCUUUAUUACAUGACGACGGGUAAUCUAGAGAAAGCCGUUGUGGUUGGAACGAAUAUAUCGACUGGUAGUAAAAGUGCUUUAAUAUGGGAUAGCCUGGCCAAGGUUUGUGUUUCACUUAAACGUGCAGAUGUUGGUGCAAUAUGUUUGAGUAAGAUGGGCAACAUUAAAGGUGCUUUGAUGCUGCGACAAGCCAUGAACAACGAUAGCAUGGACGACACUUGUAAAGUAGGAGUUUUGGCUGUUAAUCUAGGAAUGAUCGAGGAGGCCGAAGAGCUAUUUAAAGAAUCUCAAAGACCAGAUCUUAUAACACGAUUGAAGUCCGCUAAAGAGGGCGGACUCAAUGAAAUUAUAAAUGGUGAUAAUAAUAGUGAGAAUGUACUUCUUGUAAAAAGCGCACAACAUAAAUUGGCCAAAGUCUUAUGGGCUAAUGGAGAAACUGGACCUGCUUUAAAAUUGUUCGAAAGUGCAGGAACUCUAGUUCCUCAUGUUCCGAGAAUGUUAAUUGCUCAAGGACAGGCGUCCGUACUUGAGCAAUAUGUACGUAGUUCUAAUGAUCCAAAACUUAUAACUUGGUGGGGUCAUUAUCUUGAGAGUAUUGGGGAUGUAGACGGGGCUUUGGAAGCUUACGCCCGCGCCAACGACUUUGGAGAACAAACAAGAUUACUCUGCAACAUGGAUAGAAUUGAAGAAGCGGAAAAAUUAUGUCAGAAAAAUUCUUCUUCGCUCUAUCAAAUGGCGCGAUACUUAGAGAUGAAUAGUAAGGAACCUGAUGCUGCUGUUAAGAUGUAUAUAAAAUGUGGAGUGAUAUCGUCGGCAAUCCGAGUAGCAGCGGAAGCGAACGCUUGGAAUUUGGUGUACAGGGCGGGAUCUGUAUCUACGAGGCACUCUGUAUAUGCUGCAUCCAUACUAGAAAACGCGGGCCAAAACGAUCAAGCUAUCGCCUUGUAUCAAAAAGCAGGCAAACCGCACAUGGCAUUAAAGCUCGCGUUGAGCUGCGGCGACACUAACGCGCUGGUGACAGCUGUAGAGACGCUCGGAGAACGCGUCGACCCCGAAUUGGCCCAAACGUUAGCCGCUCAUCUACGUACUACUAACCACCAUUCACAUGCCGCUGCACUGCUCGCUACUGCUGGCAAGUAUGAAGAGGCGUUGGACAUAGUAGAAGAUUCCAGCGCCCCGUUGUCGGAGGAGUUGAGCGAGCGUCUAGCGGCGCCGGCCGGUACUGACGGGCGCGUGGCGCUGCUGCGGCGGCUGGCUGACGUGCUCGGCGCACGCGGACUCUACCACCAGGCUGCUAAACGACUCGCACAUGCCGGGGAUAAGGCAGGUGCGAUGCGCUGGCUGCUGCGGUCGGGCGACGCGGAUCGUAUCGCGACGUUUGCGGCAGCGUCGCGCGACCGAGUGGCGCAGCUGAUGGCGGCCGAUUUCCUGCGGCGGCGAGCAGCGUGGCGCGCGCGCCCCGACCUCACUCGCCACGUGCUGCACUUCUACACACGCGCCAAGGCAUAUGCCAAACUCGCCGCUUUUUACGCAGAGUGCGCGCAGAUGGAGAUAGAAGAUUAUGAUAACUAUGAAAAAGCACUGGAAGCUCUAAAAGAAGCUUCUCGCUGCAUCGCUAAGUCGUCAGAUGCUGAAAUAGGAUCACAAACAUUGGCCCUGCAGGAGCAAAGCUCAUUUUUGAAGCGCUUUAUUGAGGUGAAAAAGCUAUUAGAAGCGGGAGAUAUUAAUGCAGGAGUUGCCAGUGGCCAGCAGCUUAUCCACGCGAUAAGUGGACGACCCGGAUUGCUGUCAGAAGAAAAAAUACUCAAAUUAUUAAUACAACACGCUCCAAAUCACCAUGAUGUUGAACGGUUGGAACAAAAACUCAAAUUAUUGCAACAAAAACCACAAGAGGACACUGAAUCUACAGAUUCACCAGAACAAAGUAUUGAAGAAGUAAUUUAAGAGUUGAAAAAGAAUGAAUGUAAGAUAUAUUUCGAAGUAAGAGACUUUUGUAUAAAUUAUAAAAUAAAAAUGUACAAUAUCA